GCACCGGCAGCUUUGCUUUUGCGUUAUUCCGCUGUUGUUUUUGGAGGCUAGAGAAACCUCAGAAGAACAUUAAUACACACACUACGUAAAAGAAGUGUGAAAUAGGGAUACGACACCCCCAGAAGAAAAUGGCGAAGUCAAGCCGUUCCAAGUGGAAGAAGCUCCAUCGCCGGCAGAAAGCGAAGGAGGAGUCGACGAACACAGUGAAGCGCAUCACGCAGCUGCACAAGAAGCUCGAGCUGACGAUCAAGGGCGGCAUCAGCGCCGUGCCCCCGCAGGAGCCCGAGAAGCGCUUCCACUUCCUCAACCCCGAGCUGGACCCGCGGGUGCCGAACACGCGCAAGGACCUCAACAACAACUACCGCGCCGAGCUGAACCACGUGCACUACGACUACACGAAGCCGCUGCAGCUCGUCCCACCCAAGACGAACUUCUACGGCAAGACCGACACCACCGCACCGCACCCAAUGACGCAGAGAUUUGAGACGAUCGAUGCAGACGCGCCGAUCGGCGGGCACGCGCUGACGAAGGCCGAUAUGGAGCGCAUGGCGCGGCGGCAGAUGGAGAAGGAGGCGGAGGCGGCUGCGCGUGGCAACGAAGAGGCCGUCAGCGCUGACGAGCACGCGGGGGACGACGACGGCAGCAGCAGCAAUCACGACGAGCCGGAGGAGUUCACGUUCGGCAUGGAAGAUGCUGCCCCGCGUCGAGUAGGCAAGGCGUCAACUAAGAAGUCGGCUUCUACCCCUGGCAAGAAGGCGAAGAAAGGCAGUGGAGCUGCAGCGAGUAGUCCUUCGGUAGCCAUGCUUGCAGCGGCAGCGGCGGAGGAGGACAUGGAAGACGAGCCGCAGCAGCAACACAGCAGUGGAGACAACAAGGUAAAUAAGAUUACCAGCAUGCAGGCACUGCGCAAGAAGAACGGUGUCACCGUGUCUGCGGGCGGUGCGUCAAAGAUGAAGGGAGUCGGCAGCCACGGCGGGGCAAGCGGCACGCGGGUGGUGAGCAGCGGCAGCAAAGCCGCACAGAAGAAGACGGGAAAGAAGAAAGACGCGUCUAAGUAG